AUCUUCCCGCAAAAAACAAAAAAAGAAACUGAAAAAUCCCCAUUUGCCGAUAACCACACGAAUCAAACUCCGCCAUACCAAUUCACAGCUAUGGCGUCCAUCACUAUACUUCUCUCUCCACCAAAUUUACAGUAUUCACUCCCCUCUCGAAAUUCACUCUUCUUUUCUCCUACAAUUACAAGACUUAGAAACUCUUCUUCGUCUUCCUCCUAUUCUUUAACUCCAAAAUCGUUAGCAGUUUCAGCUUCUUCUUCUUCGCGUGCGCUAGAAGCUUUGAUAUUUGAUUGCGAUGGCGUUAUAUUGGAAUCGGAGCACCUUCAUCGCCAAGCUUACAACGACGCUUUCUCCCAUUUCAAUGUGCGUUGCCCUUCUUCUACUUCAGAUGGACCGCUGAAUUGGAGUCUCGAGUUCUAUGAUGUUUUUCAGAAUCAAGUUGGUGGUGGUAAACCCAAAAUGCGAUGGUAUUUUAAGGAGCAUGGAUGGCCAACUUCAACAAUCUUUCAGAAUCCUCCGGAGGAUGACAGCGAUAGAGCCAAGCUCAUUGAUACUCUUCAAGAUUGGAAGACUGAGAGGUACAAACAAAUAAUCAAAUCAGGAACUGUUAAGCCAAGACCAGGAGUUUUAAGAUUGAUGGACGAAGCCAGGGCUGCUGGCAAGAAGCUCGCUGUCUGCUCUGCUGCAACCAAAAGUUCAGUUAUAAUGUGUCUUGAGAAUCUUAUAGGACUUGAUCGGUUCAACGGUCUUGAUUGCUUCCUUGCAGGUGAUGAUGUGAAAGUGAAAAAGCCUGAUCCUUCAAUAUACAUUACAGCUGCCGAGAAACUUGGCGUCUCAGAAAGCAAUUGUUUGGUGGUGGAGGAUAGUGUCAUCGGGCUACAGGCUGCAACUGGUGCUGGAAUGUCAUGUGUGAUAACCUACACAUCAUCUACCGCGGAUCAGGAUUUCAAAGAAGCCAUAGCAAUAUAUCCUGACUUAAGUGAUGUUAGAUUUAAUGAUUUAGUAUCACUUCUUCAAGAUGUUGUGGUCGCGAAAUAGGGUAGAGGGCCGGGCCAUUAUCCUAGUAUAUCGAAGCAGAAACAGCGGAUUUCUAGCUUUUGCAAGCUAUUUGAAGUCCCUAAAUGUGCACGAAAGCUUCACUUUCAGGAAGAAAUCUACUAGAAGCCUUCGCUGUAUUUAGAGGUGGUUCUGCUGCUGUAUCAUUUUUAUUCUAAAAUAUACUGUUCAUAAUUAAAUUAUUCAUUUGUGUAAAAUAACAGUUAUUACGUCCCAUUGGUAAUACUUAAUUUCUAUGUAUAUGUCAAUAAACUGUAGUCUUA